CUGGUCCGCACUGCUGCUGCGGGGAGGUGGAGGAGGAGAGAGAGAGAGGAAGGGUGGGUGUUACCGACGGGUCUUCCCUACAUGGCAGUGGAUGAGCUCCACGCUAAUAGCGGCUGGAGGAGCGCGGCAGCAUCGCGUUUCUCGCCGACAGUCGGCGUGUGACCAGCAGGCUCCCUCACAUGUAGCCAUGGCCGAGGGCGGAGAAGGAGAGGACGAGAUCCAGUUCUUGAGAACCGAUGACGAAGUGGUUCUUCAGAGCGUAGCUACCAUACAAAAGGAACAUCGCAAGUUCUGCCUGGCCGCCGAAGGGCUUGGGAACCGCCUGUGUUAUUUGGAAUCUACCACCGAAGCCAAGUAUGUUCCUCCAGACUUGUGUGUUUGUAACUUUGUGUUGGAGCAGUCGCUGUCAGUGCGAGCUCUGCAGGAGAUGCUGGCUAACACAGGCCAAAGCAGCGAGGGGGGUCAGGGUGGCGGACAUCGAACCCUGCUCUACGGCCAUGCCAUCCUCCUGCGCCACUCCUUUAGUGGCAUGUACCUGACCUGUUUGAAGACAUCAAGGUCCCUGACGGACAAGUUGUCAUUUGAUGUUGGACUACAAGAGGAUCUAAUAGGAGAGGCCUGCUGGUGGACCAUACACCCUGCGUCCAAACAGAGGUCUGAAGGGGAGAAAGUUCGCAUUGGAGACGACCUGAUUCUUGUCAGCGUGUCAACAGAGCGAUAUUUGCACCUCUCCAUAUCCAAUGGCAACAUCCAGGUGGAUGCGUCGUUCAUGCAAACCCUGUGGAAUGUCCAACCAACCUGCUCCUCAAGCAACAUGGCUGUUGGGUAUUUGGUUGGCGGUCAUGUGAUGCGUCUCUGCCGCGGCCAUGACGAGAGCCUGACCAUCCCUGGUGCAGACAAGAGUGAGGAGGAGCAGAGGAUAGUCAGCUAUGAGGCGGGUAAAGGAGCUUUAAAGGCGCGCUCCCUGUGGAGACUGGAGCCUUUGAGGAUCAGCUGGAGCGGGAGCCACAUUCGGUGGGGUCAGGCCUUCCGACUACGCCACCUCUCCACCGGCCAUUACCUGGCCCUGACUGAGGACAGGGGAGUGGUGCUGCAGGACAGGGAGAAGUCCGACACCAAGGCCACUUCCUUCUGCUUCAGGCCCUCCAAGGAAAAGAGCGAGUCGGGCCCAAAGAGGGACAUUGAUGGCAUGGGUGUGCCAGAGAUCAAGUAUGGAGACUCUGUGUGCUUCAUUAUGCACGUGACAACCGGAUUGUGGCUGUCCUACCAGGCGCCUGAUGCCAAAUCCUCUCGCCUUGGACCCGUGAAAAGAAGGGCCUGCCUGCAUUCCGAAGGCCACAUGGAUGACGGGCUUACUCUCCAGCGCUGUCAACACGAGGAGUCCCAAGCUGCUCGCAACAUCCGCAACACAACGUUUCUCUUCACCAAUUUCAUCAAGGCUUUGGACAGCACCGCCGCGGGGGAAUCCACGGCGGUGGCGGGCUACGUGGAGGAGGUGCUGCAGACGCUGAACGACCUGAUCGAGUACUUCAAGCAGCCCGACUCGGAGCUGGAGCACGAGGAGAAGCAGUGUCUGCUCCGCUCACUCAUCAAGCGUCAGGACCUCUUCAAAGAGGAGGGCAUGCUCACCCUGCUGUCAAAAUGCAUCGACCGGAUGAACCUUUACGACAGCGCCGCCCACUUUGGGGAGAUGGCCGGGGAAGAGGCAGGUGCAGCGUGGAAGGACAUCCUCAACCUCCUCUAUGAGCUCCUAGCUGCAUUAAUUUGUGGGAACCGGAACAACUGCACCCAGUUUUCUCGGAACUUGGAUUGGUUGGUCAGCAAACUGGAAAGACUUGAGUCAUCAUCCGGCAUCCUAGAAGUUCUGCACUGUGUCUUGAUUGAAAGCCCAGAGGCUUUGAACAUCAUCCAGAGAGGACACAUUAAGUCCAUUAUUUCUCUGCUUUAUAAACACGGACGCAACCACAAGAUUCUGGAUGUACUUUGUUCCCUCUGCGUCUGUAAUGGCGUGGCUGUGAGAGCCAAUCAGAAUUUGAUCUGUGACAACCUGCUUCCCAAAAGGGACCUCCUCCUUCAGACCCGACUGGUCAAUGACGUUCAGAGCAUGAGGCCGAACAUCUUCCUAGGAGUGGCUGAAGGCUCGGCGCAGUAUAAAAAGUGGUAUUUUGAGCUGGUGAUCGAUCAGGUGGACCACUUUGUAACCGGCGAGCCCACCCACCUGAGGGUGGGCUGGGCUAACACCAGAGGAUACGCGCCCUAUCCCGGCGGAGGAGAGGGAUGGGGCGGCAACGGCGUCGGGGAUGACCUCUACUCUUACAGCUUUGAUGGACUUCACCUCUGGUCAGGUCGCAUCCCCAGAGUCGUGUCCUCCAUCAACCAGCACCUGCUGACCUCAGACGACGUCGUGAGCUGCUGUCUGGAUUUGGGCUCCCCCAGCAUGUCCUUCAGGAUCAACGGACAACCUGUUCAGGGCAUGUUUGAGGACUUCAACACGGAUGGAUUCUUCUUUCCGGUCGUCAGCUUCUCUGCUGGCGUCAAAGUGCGCUUCCUGUUGGGUGGACGCCAUGGAGAUUUCAAGUUCCUGCCCCCCGCGGGGUACUCUCCGUGCUACGAGGCUCUGCUGCCUAAGGAGAAGAUGUACGUGGAGCCUGUGAAGGACUACAAGAGGGACCACGAAGGGGUCCGAGACCUGUUGGGAAUGCCCCAGUUCCUCUCCCAGGCCUCCUUCAUACCCAGCCCUGUUGACACCAGCCAGAUUGUUCUUCCGCCUUACAUGGACAACAUACGGGACAAGCUGGCAGAAAACAUCCACGAACUGUGGGGGAUGAACAAGAUUGAGUUGGGAUGGACGUACGGCAAGGUCCGGGAUGAUAACAAGAGGCAACACCCGUGCCUUGUGGAUUUUACCAAGCUGCCUGAAACAGAAAGGAACUACAACGUGCAGAUGUCCUGCGAAACACUUAAGACCCUAAUGGCUCUUGGCUGCCAUGUCGCCCAGGUCAAUGUUCAUGCAGAGGAUGAUCUGAAGAAAAUCAAACUUCCCAAAGACUACAUGAUGUCCAAUGGAUAUAAACCUGCGCCUCUGGAUCUUUCUGAUGUGAAACUGACCGCAGGUCUGGAGGUUCUAGUUGAUAAACUGGCAGAAAAUGCCCACAACAUGUGGGCCAAAGACAGAAUUAAACAAGGAUGGACCUAUGGAAUCCAGCAGGAUUUAAAGAGCCGACGUAAUCCUCGCCUCGUGCCGUAUGCGUUACUUGAUGAGCGCACUAAGAAGUCUAACAGGGACAGUCUGAGAGAGGCCAUCAGGACAACGGUUGGCUAUGGAUAUGACAUCAACCCUCCAGACCAAGAGGUUGUCCAUGCGGCGGACGAUCAGAGUAUUGAGACGCUCCGAUUCUUCCGUGUGGAGCAAACCUACGCAGUGAAAACAGGAAAGUGGUACUUUGAGUUUGAGGCUCUGAGUGGAGGCGACAUGAGGGUCGGCUGGGCGAGACCCGGCUGCAGGCCUGAUGUGGAGCUGGGAACAGACGACCAGGCCUUCAUCUUUGAUGGAUACAGGGGUCGGCGCAUACACGCAGGGAGCCGCUACUUUGGACAUCCUUGGAAAAAAGGAGACGUAGUGGGAUGCCUGAUCAACUUGGAGGAUAAAUCGAUAAUUUUUACCCUAAACGGCGAGCUCCUGAUCACAAACAAAGGAUCUGAGCUUUGCUUCACUGACUUUGAGACAGAAGACGGUUUUAUUCCCGUGUGCAGCGUGGGCAUUUCCCAGAUUGGGCGAAUGAACCUUGGGAAGGAUGCCAGCACGUUCAAGUACUACACCAUGUGUGGCCUUCAGGAAGGCUUCGAGCCCUUUGCUGUCAACAUGAAGCGAGAGAUCACCAUGUGGUUCAGCAAACGCUUGCCUACGUUUGUAAAUGUACCCCAGGAUCACCGGGACAUUGAGGUGACAAGGAUUGACGGGACAGUGGACGGCCCUCCCUGCCUGAAAGUCACCCACAAGACGUUCGGCACUCAAAACAGCAACAGUGACAUCAUCUACUGUCGGCUGAGCAUGCCCGUGGAGUUUUACUCAGCGGACAUGGUGCUUGAGGAGUCAUUUAAACUCAGCCAUCCUCCAAAAGAAGACGGAGCUGUGGAUUAUGGAAGCAUCACAACUUACUACCACUCUGUCAGGGUGUUUGCCGGGCAGGACCCUGCGUCCGUGUGGGUGGGCUGGGUCUCGCCGGACUAUCAUUACUAUUGCAAGGAUUUCAGCCUCAACAAGACCGGAACUGUCACCGUCACCCUUGGAGACGAGAGGGGCCGAGUCCAUGAGAGUGUCCAGAGAAGCAACUGCUAUCUGGUGUGCGGAGCCGACGCGGUCAGCCCUUCUUCAUCCAGCCGCUCCAGCUCUGACGUGGAGAUCGGCUGCCUGAUUGACUUGGCCACUGGCCUCGUCACCUUUGCCGCCAAUGGCAAGGAGCUGUCCAUCACGUAUCAGGUGGAGCCAAAUACCAAGCUGUUCCCUGCUGUGUUUGUACGGCCCACCAGUGCAAACCUCUUUCAGUUUGAAUUUGUCAAGAUCAAGGAUGCCAUGCCACUCUCCUCUGCCAUAUUUAAGAGCGAGCAAAGGAACCCGGUGCCUCAGUGCCCACCGCGACUGGACGUGCAGACGAUCGUGUCAGUGCUGUGGAGCCGCAUGCCCAACACCUUCCUCAAUGUGGAGACUGCACGGGUCAGCGAGAGACACGGCUGGGUGGUGCAGUGCUUGGAACCCUUGCAGAUGAUGGCUGUGCAUAUACCGGAGGAGAACAGGUGUUUGGACAUCCUAGAACUGUCGGAGCAUGAAGAAUUACGGAAGUUCCACUACCACACUCUCAAGUUGUACUGUGCACUCUGUGCCCUCGGCAACACUCGCGUGGCCCACGCCCUCUGCAGCCACUUGGACCAAUCACAGCUCCUCUACACCAUCGACAAUCAGUACCUCUCUGGAAUGCUAAGGGAAGGCUUCUACAACAUUCUAAUCAGCAUUCAUCUGGAAACCGCGAAGGAGGCUCGGCUAAUGAUGAACAAUGAGUUCAUCAUCCCCGUGACGGACGAGACACGCUCCAUCAGGCUUUUUCCUGAUGAGUCCAAGAAGCACUCGUUGCCUGGCGUAGGGCUAAGCACCUCUCUGAAGCCUCGGGUGAACUUCUCCCCUGCCUGUAUAAUCGGCACCAAACGACAGCAGUAUCUUCACAGUCCUCAGAUACCUCUGGGCAUCCUGAAAGAGAAGGCCAUCAGCAUGCUUUCUGAAGCUGUGCAGGGCGGCGGAAUCCAUAUAAGAGACCCAGUGGGCGGGAGCGUGGAGUACCAGUUUGUCCCCAUCCUCACGCUGAUAGGAACACUGUUGAUCAUGGGCGUCCUAAACAGCGAGGAGGUGAGACUGAUCCUCCUCCUGAUUGAUCCCAACGUGUUCGGGGAGGCCGAGGAGGUGCCACGGGACGAGGUGGCCGUCGCUGGAGAAAAAGAAGAUGUGAGCAAGAAUGAGGAGAAGGCCGUGGAGGCGGGAGAAGAAGAGACGAAGGAGAGCAAGCCGGUGGUCAGGGGUCUUCUGGAAAAGUCUUUGCCCGAGUCUGUCAAACGGCAGAUGUGCGAGCUGCUACAUUACUUCUGCGACUGCGAGCUGAAGCACCGCAUCGAGUCCAUCGUCUCCUUCUCCGACAACUUUGUCUCCAAGCUGCAGUACAACCAAAAGUUCCGCUACAACGAGCUCAUGCAGGCGCUCAACAUGUCCGCCGCCGUCACGGCCAAGAAGACCAAAGAGUUCCGCUCGCCGCCUCAAGAACAGAUCAACAUCCUGUUGAACUUCACUGCAGGCGAUGACUGCCCCUGUCCUGAGGAGCUCCAGGAAGAACUUAAUGGAUUCCACGAAGAACUGCAACUGCACUGUGGAAUCCCCGUGGAGGAGGACGAGGAGGAGCAGGACACCUCGAUUAAAGGUCGUCUACUGGCCUUGCUGUAUAAAAUCAAGGGACCGCCUCAGAAGAGUGAGGAGGAACCCACAGAGAAAGAGCAGGUUGCCCCCUCUAACCUAAAGGAGCUCAUCUCCCAGACCAUAAGCAGCUGGGCCCAGGAGACGCACAUCCAGGAUCCCGAACUGGUCAGGGUGAUGUUUAGCCUGCUCAGGAGGCAGUACGACGGCAUUGGGGAGCUGCUUCGGGCCAUGAAGAAGUCUUACACCAUCAGUGCUGCAUCCGUGCAGGAUGCCAUAAACCUACUGGCCUCACUGGGUCAGAUCAGGUCUCUGCUGUCCGUGCGCAUGGGCAAGGAAGAGGAGAAGCUCAUGAGUGAUGGACUGGGGGACAUUAUGAACAAUAAGGUUUUCUACCAGCAUCCGAACCUCAUGAGAGUGUUGGGCAUGCACGAGACUGUGAUGCAGGUCAUGGUCAACGUCCUCGGUGGAGACAAGUCACAGGAAAUUGCCUUCCCCAAGAUGGUUGCCAGCUGUUGUCGCUUUCUGUGCUAUUUUUGUCGCAUCAGUCGUCAGAACCAGAAAGCCAUGUUUGACCACCUGAGCUACCUGCUGGAGAACAGCAGCGUUGGUCUAGCCUCUGAAGCAAUGCGGGGCUCCACUCCGCUGGAUGUUGCCGCAUCAUCAGUGAUGGACAACAACGGCCUCGCUCUGGCCUUGGAGGAGCCGGAUCUGGAAAAGGUGGUGACAUACCUCGCUGGAUGUGGUCUUCAGAGCUGUGCCAUGCUGGUAGCUAAAGGUUACCCAGACCUGGGCUGGAACCCCAUAGAGGGAGAGCGCUACCUGUCCUUCCUGAGGUUCGCAGUAUUCUGCAACGGUGAGAGUGUGGAGGAGAAUGCCAAUGUGGUGGUGAAGCUGCUCAUCCGACGUCCGGAGUGCUUCGGUCCCGCCCUGAGGGGUGAAGGGGGCCAGGGUCUGCUGGCGGCCAUGAAGGAGGCCAUCAGGAUCUCUGAGGAUCCCGCUCUGGACCUGCCCAAAACCUCUCCCGCUAUUACAACUGGGUCUGGUGAUGAAGAGGAGGAAAUCAUCCACAUGGGCAACUCCAUCAUGUCCUUUUACUCCGCACUCAUCGACCUACUGGGUCGCUGUGCUCCAGAGAUGCAUCUCAUCAAUGCUGGUAAAGGUGAGGCGCUGCGCAUACGAGCCAUUCUACGCUCUCUGGUUCCCACCACCGACCUAGUUGGCGUCAUCAGCAUCCCGCUCAAAAAACCUGUGGUUGAUAAAGAUGGCGCAGUGGCAGAACCCGACAUGUCAGCCUGUUUAUGUCCGGACCACAAGGCCCCCAUGGUGCUCUUCCUGGACAGAGUGUAUGGCAUCGAGGACCAGAGCUUCCUCCUCCAGCUGUUGGAAGUUGGCUUCCUGCCCGACCUCCAAGCUGCUGCAUCCUUAGACACGGAGGUUCUGAGUACCUCGGAGACGGCGUUGGCCAUGAACAGGUACAUUGGUGCCGCUCUGCUGCCUCUGCUGACUCGCUGCGCCGCCCUGUUUGCCGGCACGGAGCACCAGGCGUCGCUGAUCAACGCCACGCUUCAAACCAUCUACCGACUGUCCAAAGGGCGUUCCCUCACCAAAGCCCAGAGGGAUGUGAUUGAGGAGUGUCUGCUGGCUAUCUGCAAGCAUCUGAGACCUUCUAUGAUGCAACAACUGCUCAGACGUUUGGUGUUUGACGUCCCCAUGCUCACGGAAUACUGCAAAAUACCUCUCCGGCUACUGACCAACCACUAUGAGCAAAACUGGAAGUACUACUGCCUUCCAUCUGGUAUGGGGAGCUAUGGCACAGCUUCCGAAGAAGAGCUCCUCCUGACCAAGAAACUCUUCUGGGGAAUCUUUGACUCCCUGUCUCAAAAGAAGUAUGAUGCUGACCUGUUCAAAAUGGCCAACUCAUGCCUUUGUGCCAUUGCUGGAGCCUUGCCUCCUGACUUUGUGGAUGCCAGUUUGGGAGCAACACUGGAGAACCAUGCUUCUAUUGACACACAGGGGAACUUUGACCCCAAACCCAUAAACACUGCCAAUAUCUCUCUACCUGAAAAACUUGACUACAUUGCCAACAAAUAUGCAGAGCAUUCCCACGAGAAGUGGUCAUCGGAGAAGGUGUCAGCGGGCUGGAAACAUGGGGAAAGUAUGGAUGAGCAUGCCAAAAAACAUCCACUGCUAAAGCCUUACAAAGCUCUUGGUGAGAAGGAGAAAGAGACGUACCGGUGGCCGGUGAAGGAGUCCUUGAAGAGCAUGCUGGCUAUGGGCUGGAGCAUUGAGAGGACCAAGGAAGGAGAAGCCAUGUUCCAACUGCGGGAGAGUGAAAAGCAGAAAAAGAUCUCAGAGAUUCAGGUCAAUGGAUUCUCUCCCGCUCCGACAGAUCUACACAACGUCACCUUGUCCAGAGAGUUACAGGGCAUGGUCGAGGUGAUUGCAGAAAAUUAUCACAACAUCUGGGCCAGGAAGAAGAAAAGUGAACUUGUUAGCAAAGGAGGAGGGACCCACCCGCUACUGGUACCCUAUGAUACCCUGACUGCUAAAGAGAAGUACAGAGACAGGGAGAAGGCGCAGGAGCUCUUCAAGUUCCUGCAGAUAAGCGGCUAUGCCAUAACAAGAGAUCUGAUGGACAUGGAGCAGGACUCUUCAUCCAUGGAGAAACGCUUUGCCUACAAGUUUGUCAAGAGGCUGCUGAAAUGUGUCGACUCGGCCCAGGAGUUUAUCGCUCAUCUUGAGGCAAUGGCCACUAGUGGGAAGACCGACAAGUCACCUCAUGACCAGGAGAUCAAGUUCUUUGCCAAGGUGCUGCUCCCCCUGACAGAUCAAACAUUUAAGAACCACUGCCUCUACUUCUUGUCCACGCUCAACAACAACAUGAGCAGCUGCGGCUGUGCCUCCAACAAAGAGAAGGAGAUGGUCACGAGCCUUUUCUGUAAACUGGCAGCUCUUGUCAGACACAGGAUUUCUCUCUUUGGGAGUGACUCUUCAAUGAUGGUAAGCUGCCUGGACAUCCUCACUCAUUCACUCGACACCAGAACAGUGAUGAAGUCCGGGGCCGAGCUGGUCAAAGCCGGCUUUCGGACCUUCUUCGAGAAUGCCUCGGAGGACCUGGAGAAGCUUCUCGAAAUGCUCAAACUGGGGAAGUUCAUGCAGUCGCGUGCUCAAAUGAAAAGCGUGAGCCAGAGCAUCCACUACGUGACCGUGGCGCUUCUGCCCAUCCUCACGGCGUUGUUCGAUCACAUCAGAACACACGAGUUUGGAGUUGACCUGCUCUUGGAUGAUGUGCAGCUGUCCUGCUACAGAAUCCUCACCUGUAUCUACUCUCUGGGAACAGGAAAGAGCAUGUUUGUUGAAAGGUAUCUGCCAGCACUUGGGGAGAGCCUGGCCACCUUAGUAGGCGCCAUGCCUGUGGCUUUCCUGGAGCCCCAUCUGAACAUCCACAACCAGCUGUCGGUCUUCAACACCAAGACUCCACGAGAGCGGGCCAUCCUAAGUAUGCCUGAUACGGUAGAGGAAAUGUGUCUGGAGAUGCCUCGUCUUGACAAGCUGCUGAAGGAUGUCAACGAUGUCUCAGAGACUGGUGCACGCUACAGUGAGAUGCCACAGGUGAUUGAGGUGAUCCUGCCCAUGCUGUGUAAUUACCUGUCUUACUGGUGGGAGAAAGGACCAGAAAACCCGCCUCCAAACGGCGAGUGCUGCACCAUGGUGACAUCGGAACAUCUCAGCGUCAUUCUUGGGAACAUUCUCAAGAUCCUCAACAGCAACCUGGGCAUUGAUGACGCCCCCUGGAUGAAAAGGAUCGCGGUCUACUCACAGCCAAUCAUCAGUAAAGCUGGAGCUGGUCUGCUGAGAACCCACUUUUUACCCACACUGGAGAAGCUCAAGAAGAAGACAGUGAAGGUUGUGUCCGAAGAGGAGCUACUGAGGGCUGAUGGCAAGGGUGACAAUCAGGAGGCGGAGCUUCUUAUCUUGGAUGAGUUCGCUGUGCUCUGCCGAGACCUCUACGCGUUCUACCCCAUGCUCAUCCGCUACGUAGACAACAACAGGUCAAGGUGGCUCAAGGAGCCUGAUGCCGACUCCACCGAGCUCUUCAAGAUGGUCGCAGAUAUCUUCAUCCUCUGGUGCAAGUCACAUAACUUCAAGCGUGAGGAGCAAAACUUUGUGGUGCAGAACGAGAUCAAUAAUUUGGGAUUCCUCACCGGAGAAGGCAAGACAAAAAUGUCUAAGUCAGGCGGGGACCAGGAGAGGAAGCACAAGCGUCGUCGAGGAGAAUACUACUCCGUCCAGACCUCUUUGAUUGUAGCUGCCUUGAAAAAGAUGUUGCCCAUCGGCCUCAACAUGUGCACCCCUGGGGACCAGGAGCUCAUCUCCUUGGCUAAGACGCGCUACAGCCUGAAAGAUACAGAUGAUGAGGUGAAGGAGCACUUGCGCCAGAACCUUCAUCUGCAGGACAAGUCUGAUGACCCAGCAGUCCAGUGGCAGUUGAACCUCUACAAAGACAUCAUGAUGAAGAGCGAAGAACAGGUCGACCCAGAGCACACGGUGGCUCGGGUGCAGAGUAUCUCGGCUGCAGUUUUCCACCUGGAACAAGUGGAGCAGCCUUUGAGGAAUAAGAAGUGUGUGUGGCAGAAGCUGCUCUCCAAACAACGUAAACGGGCUGUGGUGGCCUGCUUCCGUAUGGCUCCUCUUUACAAUCUACCCAGGCAUCGUGCUAUCAACCUCUUCAUCCCGGCCUAUCAGAGACUAUGGAUAGAGGCAGAGGAGUACUCCUUUGAGGAAAAGCUAGUUCAGGAUCUGGCCGUAAGUACCGGACGGCCCUCGCCCGCCCCACACGUGCCCUGCGUUGGCACCCCUCUGCCGGUCCUGCCCGCCGAUCGCCUCUUUAGCUCUGCGCCCGUUGAACCUUGGGAGCACACCAGUGCGGGGAGCUCGCCCAAAUCCCCGAGGGGUACCCGUUCUAGGCGCGCCAAGGGCUUCAGACCGAGAUCCGUCAGAGGUCAAAGACUGCAUGAGCAACUCAGGAGACACAAGGCCAGCUCUGGCGCUCACAGCUCUAGAAAAGCCGGCUUUACCGUUGUGGCCGCAGUGAAAACCCCCAUGAAGAUAGUGGAGGAGGAUGAAGAAGAGGUGGCUGAGGUCCAGCCAGACCCUCUGCACCAGCUCAUCCUCCACUUUAGCCACAACGCUCUGACGGAGAGAAGUCACUUGGAGGAGGAUCCUUUGUAUAUCGCGUAUGCUGACAUGAUGGCAAAGAGCUGUGCAGAGGACGACGAAGAGGAGGAAGAAGAUGAGAAAGAGAAAACGUUUGAGGAAAAGGAGAUGGAAAAGCAGAAGAUCCUUUACCAGCAGGCUCGGCUGCAUGCUCGUGGGGCUGCGGAGAUGGUGCUGCAGAUGAUUAGCGCCAGUAAAGGGCGCCUUGGCCCCAUGGUGACCUGCACGCUCAAACUUGGCAUCUCCAUCUUAAAUGGAGGCAAUGUGCAAGUUCAGCAGAAAAUGCUUGACUACUUGAAAGAAAAACGAGAUGCAAGCUUUUUCAAAAGCCUCUCGGGGCUGAUGCAGUCGUGCAGUGUUCUGGACUUGAAUGCAUUUGAGAGGCAGAAUAAAGCAGAAGGUCUUGGCAUGGUGACAGAAGAAGGCUCAAUCCACACUGAGCGGGGCUCCAAAGUGCUACAAAAUGAUGAAUUUACCAAAGAUCUGUUCCGAUUUUUGCAACUUCUGUGCGAGGGGCACAAUGGCGAGUUCCAGAACUUCCUGAGAACCCAAACUGGAAACACAACCACAGUCAACAUUAUCAUCAGCACUGUUGACUAUUUACUGCGCCUUCAGGAAUCUAUCAGCGACUUCUACUGGUACUACUCUGGCAAGGACAUUAUUGAUGAGACUGGCAAAGUGAACUUCUCCAAAGCAUUAUCUGUGGCCAAGCAGAUAUUCAACUCACUGACUGAAUAUAUUCAGGGCCCUUGUAUUGGGAACCAGCAGAGUCUUGCACACAGCAGAUUGUGGGAUGCAGUUGUAGGCUUUUUGCAUGUUUUUGCCAACAUGCAGAUGAAACUAUCUCAGGAUGCCAGUCAGAUUGAACUGCUGAAGGAGCUGAUGGACUUGCAGAAGGACAUGGUGGUCAUGCUGCUGUCCCUGCUGGAAGGCAAUGUUGUCAAUGGAACCAUUGGGAAGCAGAUGGUCGACACCCUUAUGGAGUCCUCCAACAAUGUUGAGAUGAUCCUAAAAUUCUUUGACAUGUUCCUCAAGCUGAAGGACCUGACCACAUCCGACAACUUCAGGGAUUACGACCCCGAGUGUAAGGGCGUCAUCUCCAAGAAGGAGUUCCAGAAGUCAAUGGAGAGCCAGAAGCAGUACAGCCAGUCGGAGAUCGACUUCUUGCUCUCGUGUGCCGACGCCGACGAGAACGACAUGUUCAACUACAAGGAAUUUGUGGAGCGAUUCCACGAACCGGCCAAGGACAUCGGCUUCAACGUGGCCGUGCUGCUGACCAACCUGUCGGAGCACAUGCCGCACGACACGCGGUUGGCCACCUUCUUGGACCUGGCCGAGAGCGUACUGAGCUACUUCGAGCCUUAUCUGGGCCGCAUCGAGAUCAACGGCAGCGCCAAGCGCAUCGAGAGGGUGUACUUUGAGAUCAGCGAGUCCAGCCGGGAGCAGUGGGAGAAGCCGCAGGUGAAGGAGUCCAAACGCCAGUUCAUCUUCGACGUGGUCAACGAGGGAGGUGAGAGCGAGAAGAUGGAGAUGUUCGUCAACUUCUGUGAGGACACCAUCUUUGAGAUGCAACUGGCCUCGCAGAUCUCUGAGCCCGACGCUGUGGAGCAACCCGAGGAGGAGGAAGAGGAGGAAGGAUUCGCCAUCCUGCAGGAGCUGGCUGAAGAGGACGAAGGUACCGCAGAGUCGAUGUCCGCCUUUACCUCGGCAUGCCGCUCGGUGAAGAAGAGGAUACUCCACGCACGCCAAAACGUGUCGGUCAAAAACAUCCGCAAGAAGCUCAAGAAACUGAAAAAGCUGACCAUAAAGGAGAUGGUCACAUUCUUCUUCUCCUUCUUCUGGAUGCUCUUCACGGGCUUCUUCAAAGGGAUCUACAGCCUCGUCUUUGGCUUCUUCCACGUCGUCUGGUCCUCCAUGUUCGGCGGCGGCUUGGUGGAAGGCGCCAAGAACAUCAAAGUGACGGAUAUCCUGGGGAACAUGCCUGACCCCACGCAGUUUGGCAUUCACGGAGACUCCACGGAGGGAGAGAAAGUCGAGGCCGUAGAGUCUUCCGGAGGCUCGGACGCCGCCGUGGUUCCGGUGGCGGACAUAGCAGAGGUGGACACCUUGUUGGAGAUGCUGAACGUACCCAAGAAGGAAGGCGGGAAGCACGUGGAGCCCGGUCUGGGGGAUGUUUCGGAGCUCAACGGCGAGGCCUCCAGCACGGACCACAAGGAGAAAGCCACGUCCAAGGCCGACGACUCCCCUGAGAGCGAACCCGAGAAAGCCGACAUGGAGAAGCGGGAGAAGGAGGACCAACCAAAGGUGGAGGAAGCCAAGGAGCCAGCAAGUGGGGAGAAACCCAAAAUAAAAUCAAGUCAACCCAAAGAAUCUUCACCUGCCUUCAUGUCCAAUGUCUUUGCCACACUUGAUGUCUAUCUGACCAAAAUGCUGAACUAUCUGGCUCGCAACUUCUACAAUUUGCGUUUCCUGGCUCUGUUUGUGUGUUUCGCCAUCAACUUCAUCCUGCUCUUCUACAAGGUCACCGAGGAUGCAGAGGACGAGGGAGACGACGAAAACAGCUGGGGCGCCAAGGACAAGGACGACGAGGACACGUUCUUCGACAUGGACGAGUUUGUCCUGCAGGAGAGCACGGGAUACAUGUUGCCGACUCUGCGCUUCCUGGCCGUGUUCCACACCAUCAUCUCCCUCGUGUGUUUAGUGGGCUACCACUGCCUUAAGGUUCCUUUGGUGGUGUUCAAGCGAGAGAAGGAGAUCGCCAGGAAGCUGGAGUUUGAUGGACUUUACAUAACCGAGCAACCGUCUGAUGAGGACAUCAAAGGCCAGUGGGAUCGACUUGUCAUUAACACCCCAUCGUUCCCCAGCAACUACUGGGACAAGUUCAUCAAACGCAAGGUGAUCAACAAAUAUGGCGACCUGUAUGGAGCCGAGCGCAUCGCCGAGCUGUUAGGCCUUGAUAAGAGCGCUCUGGACUUUGACCCCACAGUGGAGACGGUCGAGAAGGAGGCGUCUCUGCUUUCCUGGCUAAGCUCCAUCGACACCAAAUACCACAUUUGGAAGCUAGGAGUGGUUCUGACGGACAAUUCCUUCCUCUACCUGAUAUGGUACACCACCAUGUCCAUUUUUGGACAUUUCAACAACUUCUUCUUUGCCGCCCACCUGCUGGACAUCGCCAUGAGCUUCAAGACCCUGCGCACCAUCCUGACUUCUGUCACACACAACGGCAAGCAGCUGGUGCUGACUGUGGGUCUGCUGGCGGUGGUGGUGUAUCUCUACACCGUGGUGGCCUUCAACUUCUUCAGGAGGUUCUACAACAAGAGCGAGGAUGAAGACGAGCCUGACAUGAAGUGUGACGACAUGAUGACGUGUUAUUUGUUCCACAUGUACGUGGGCGUACGAGCCGGAGGAGGGAUCGGAGACGAGCUGGAGGACCCCGCCGGUGACCCCUAUGAACUCUACCGCAUCCUCUUUGACAUCACCUUCUUCUUUUUCGUCAUCGUCAUCCUGCUGGCCAUCAUUCAAGGUUUGAUCAUCGACGCCUUCGGGGAGCUGAGAGACCAGCAGGAGCAAGUGAAGGAGGACAUGGAGACCAAAUGUUUCAUCUGCGGCAUCGGCAACGACUACUUUGAUCGCACACCUCACGGCUUUGAGACGCACACCUUGCAGGAACACAACCUGGCUAAUUACCUCUUCUUCCUCAUGUACCUCAUCAACAAGGACGAGACGGAGCACACAGGCCAGGAGUCGUACGUGUGGAAGAUGUACCAGGAGCGAUGCUGGGACUUCUUCCCGACCGGAGACUGUUUCCGGAAGCAAUACGAGGACCAGUUAGGCUGACGACUGAACGUAAAGAGGAAAGUCGACGGUGGACGUCCAAAGUGUUUAUGCAAAGUUUUCUUUUGGUUUUGACCUGCAUUGCCUUUUCACCCGCUCAACUCCUUCUUGUGGAACUUUGAACGUUUGCCAGAUCUUUCUUUGAUGGCCGCUCAUACCUGCCUUUUCAACUUGAAUCACACGUGCCUUAUCACAAACUAUGCAAAGAAAAAAAAGUUUGUUGUCACGCUUUAGCUCAUUUUGUGGCUUCCAGAAAAACAAUAUUUGUUGUAUAAAAUCUAGAAGUGUUGCUCAGUUUGGUUUUAUCCUCCUUGUUUCCACGUUGAAGAGGCAAAGAGACCACCAUGUUGAUGCUGUUCCAUGGAAACCUUCAGUUUAGAAACACAUGUUGUAGUUUGAAUAAAAGUAACUGAGGCAAUAAAACGUCUAAUCAGCUUCUUCUGGUGACUAAACCCAUUUAUCUGAUCAAGAUGGACUUUCACUUUAUAGGAUAGAGCUCGUCCAAUAUCGGCCUACAUCUAAAAUCUCUGAUACAAGCAUUUGUGCAGCUAGUGAGGGAUGGGUACCGAUCACUCCAGCAGCACUGAGAGCGGACGCAGCCGAACUACCAACAAAGAAAUUGACUCAAAAAACAUAAGUAAAGUGAGGCUCCACUAUAUCAAAAAUGCGCUAGCUUGAUGCUAAUAUAGGUUAGCAUUAGCGAUUUUACAUGGCGAUUCCAAAACCUCCCGAUUUGUUAAUGAAAACUACAACCAAGUUGCACGUUACAAUCAAACAGCUGGUGCGUAAUAAGUACGAUACUAACAGCGGUAACACUUCUCAGGGCGCAACAAAAGACUACAAUCAGCAAAGACUGAACUGACUAGCCAACACACUAU